CGAUGACUAACCACAUCCGUAUAUAUCUCAUUGUUGUGUCGUGAGUUGACUUCUGUACACGUGUUGUGGAUACAGCAAAGAUGUUUUUAAUAAAGUUUUACUUUUUGUUAAUUAGUGCAAACGUGGUCAUUACUUUUGGAGAACAAUCGCAAAAGUUUUUCCGUUCCGACUACGAGAAAUACUUGCCAGAAACGGACAGUUUUUAUAAAGUUCACGGUCUGCCAAAAACUUUCGAUAGAGCGAAGGAGACUUGUGAAAUAGAAGGAGCUGAAUUAUUUUAUCCGGUAGAUGAAGAUGAGGCUAAGGCUAUGAUUACAUAUUGGAAAGAAAAACAAUUUUUUUCUUCAAUUUAUAUCGGCGUUUCGGCACCUUUUGUGCCUGAAGUAUAUCAAACUAUUCACGGUGCUUCAAUAGACACCGUGUACAAUAAAUGGGCCAAAGGUGAACCAAAUAAUCAUUCAGGCAACGAGCAUUGUCUGACUUUGCUAGACGACGCCACCCUGAACGAUAUAAACUGUGACACUACCAAAAGCUUUAUUUGUAAGAAGAGAGCCAGUUCGAUUCAUUGGAACCUGCUAUGUGAUUUACCCGAUAAACGUUACGAAUAUGUGGAACAAUUAGGUAGAUGUUACAAGUUUCACACAAAUCCAAGAAACUGGACGGAGGCUUUCCGAGCUUGCAAUGCCGAGCAGGGGUACUUGGCUAUUAUCGACAGUCAGGGAGAAGCGGACCACCUCGUGAACGUCACAAAGUUGGCGAAAAAAGAUGACGUGGAGGGCAACUAUCUUCGAGGUGCCAUUCAUUUAGGAUUUGUUAAGAAGAAUUCAAUGUGGCGUUCUAUUAUGGGUCGGCCACUCAAAUCCCUCGGCUACAAGACGUGGGGCACAAACCAACCCGACGGAGGAGAUAGAGAGAACUGCGGCUCCAUGUUCUUCAAUGGCAAACUCAACGACAUCGGAUGCAAUCAAAAAUGCUUGUUUAUAUGCGAAAGGGAGAUACCGCUAUUAGAAAACUCUAUUAACUUAAGGAAAUGAUUGGUGGGGGCUUCUUAAAUUCCUAUAUAUUAAGAGCAAGGACAUACCAAAGAUGUUACAAAAGGCUGUGUUUGUAUAUUGUUUUAGAGACAUUGUUAUAUCAAAUCUUGUAAUAUAUUAUUUAUUAUAAGGAAUUAUUAUCUAAGAGGUAUGACUAUGCACAUAUAAUAUAUUUUUAACGGAUUAGGGUUAGACUUAGCGCUAUUAUCGACUCAGUUUCUCUUUUAUUCCGAUGGGACUGGAUGACCGACUACGCCGCGGCAGUAUCAUGAGAACAGGCCCAGGGCCGACAGCUCUCCGUGCUGAACCAAAGCAAAAAGGACUGCUAACUUCUGAACUCGGGGCAACCACUGAAAUUGUUUCUUUAGGAAAUCACGGUGACCCAGAAAUCGAAUCUGAGACCUCAUGAUCUGCAGUCAAAAAUGCUUACUACAAUUUCAAUGAAGCCGUUAAAUAUUAUCAAGUCAUAUUAGUUUAAUUAUUUUAUAGAUUGAAUAUCCAUUCGAACUUUAUUUUAUUUACUAUAAUAUAUAGAAAUUAAAACUAAUUUAAAAAUAUAUAAAACAAAUUACUAACAAGAAAAAUGGUGGGAUGCAGCAUUUUUCAGGAGUUUAUCCCGAGACAACCAUUAUACUAAAAAUAUGACGAAUAAGUUGCCUUUAAAAAAUAUGGAACCGAGUUCGAAAGGCACUAUAAAGUAUUAAAUAUAUAAUAUAUAAAGUACUGUUUAUAAACAAAUCAUACUAUAAACCAAUUAGAUUAUAGACAAACAAUUGUGUAAAUCAGUGUUUUCCAACGUGGGGCCCACGCCCCACAGGGGGGCAAUCGAAAUCAGCUGUUGAACACAACGGAGACUUGAGACUGAAGCUAACCAAAUUGGAACCUUAUAUAAAAUCUCUGUGCAUCAAGCGCAAGGAUUUCACUAAAUUAAUAUAGAAAAAUCUUUAAUAAAAUAAUUUGGAAUUUGAA